UUCCGUGUCACCUCCCCUAAUAUUCUUCUUCCUUCUUCUCCUCUUUUCUAUUUCUCUUCCACCUAUUCUCUCUGUAUGCAUAACCAUUAGAAAUCACACAUAACUAUUUGAUUUUGAUAUAUACAUAAUCACAAUAACACACACAUAUAUAUAUAAAGCCAUACAGUUCUUAAAAUUAUUUUUUUUUGGCGAUAUUCAUAUGGGUGAAGGAGAUCAUAGUUCGCCUGCUUCGUAUAUCCAUCUGCAGGUACAUCACUUGAUAGAAGAGUGUUUAUUAUUCAACAUGGGCAAGGAAGAGUGCAUGGAAGCUCUAUCCAAGCAUGCAAACAUCGAACCAGUCGUCACUUCCACGGUUUGGAACGAACUGGAAAAGGAGAACAAAGAGUUCUUCGAGGCUUACGAGAAAAGCAGAGAAACAAGACCGACCGAGAAAGAGACAGCCCGAAGAAUCCGAGAUUUGCUUUCUCGAACUAAGAUAUGAUAUAUAUAUAUAUAUAUAUAUAUAUGUGUGUGUGUGUGUGCGCGCGCGCCCGCGUGUAAUUGAAUAUCAUUAUAUAUAACGUUAAUUAGGGUUUAAUAAUUAAGUAGGGACGCUAAUAAGACAAGCCCUUGUGAUCGAGAAUAUGCAUUAGGAAAUUCUCUUUUAUUACCUUUUACUAGAAAGGUUUGCUCCCAUUCUCGAAAGAUGUUGAAUAGUACUGUGGUGAUCCCAUGUAAUUCAACGGUAAAUCGAAGGACGUUUAUGCAA